AUGACGCCUCCCGGGUCGGUCAAUCUGAUCAGCCAAAACGGUCGCAUCAUCUCGCACCCGAAGCCGACCGACGACUAUGACGACCCUCUCAACUGGUCCCGACGCCGCAAGGCCCUCCAUCUCGGCACCAUCCUCAUCUACGUCGCCGUCACCUUUGCCUGGGUCGACCUCUCACUCCUCCGCAACCCCAACCUCGCCGCCGAGCUCUCCAUGGACGCCUCCCAGCUCGCCGUGUCCACCUCCUUCCGCUACAUCGGCAUGGCCUUUGCCGCCAUCGUCUUCAUCCCGCUCGGCUACAAGUACGGCCGGCGGCCCGUCUACAUCGCCUCGCUCCUGCUGCAGCUCGCCGCCGCCGCCUGGACCGCCCGCGUCCAGCAAGCCUGGGAGUACCGCGCCGCCAACGCGCUCGCCGGCGCCGGCGCCGUCGUCGCCCAGGCGCUCGUCCCCAUGACCAUCGCGGACCUCUUCUUCACCCACCAGCUGGCCACCGCCUACGGCCUCGCCGUCUUUGCGCAGGGCCUGGGGUCGUUCGUCGGGCCGAUCCUGGCCGCCGAGGUGGAGGACCGCCACGGGCACGAGUGGCGCUGGAUGCCGACGUCGAUGGCGGCCGCGUUUGGCGCGACGGCGGUGCUGGUGCUGCUCGGCGCGGAGGAGUCGACGUUUGUGCCCAACAUAGACAACCAGGUGGCUGCCAAGACGCGGGAGGAGGAGGAGGCUCGCGUGCAGAGCACGUUUUACAACCGCCGCGUGUCGUACGGCGGCGACUCGGAGCCGGGCACCCCGGCGGUGGACGAGCAUAACAUGCACGACCUGGUCAAUGUCGCGCGUCGCGCCGGCGGCGGCGUAACCCUGGACCUGCCGCCCGGUCCGCGGCCGCUGCGCCAGCGCUUCGCCUUCGUCACCCCGACCGGGCGGCCGAUCCGCCGGCGAUUCCUGUCCGCGUUCGUCAUUCUCGGCACGUUUCCCGGCGUCGUCUACGCCGCGCUGACGUACGGAUUCCUCAUGGCCUGGCUCUCGCUCUUCAGCCAGGUCCUGCAGACGCAGAUGACCAAGGCGCCCUAUAACCUCGACCGCCGUGGGCUCGCGCUGCUCGACCUCGGGCCCCUGCUCGGCCACUUCCUCGGCACCCUCGUCGUGCCGCCGCUCAGCGACUACUGGGUCAUAGCCAGGGCCCGACGUAGCGGCGGCAUGUACGAGCCUGAGAUGCGAUUGUGGUUCGCUCUCUUUGGCGGCGCCUUCGUCGCGGCAGGUAUCCUCAUGUUCGGAAUCGGUAUUGGUGAUAUGAUUGGUGAUGCCAUGGUCGGUAUCGUCUUCUUCCGCAACGUCCUAGCUAUCAUCCUAUGGAUCGGCAUCAUGCCCCAACUUGCUGCCACCAGACUCAACUGCGUCUUCGUCUUCACCUCGGUUGCGGCAUCCGUCGUGCUGCUCAUCCCCAUCCCGCUGCUAAUAUGGGGCCGCCGAGGUCGCAUCCUAACGGCCUCCAAGUACAGAGAGUACUCGCUCGAGGCAACGCCCCCGGCUACGUUAAAAAAGAUCAUGGUUGAACGGUGA